AUGGGGCAAGAGGAAAGUCACAACGAGGAGAUGGAUUUGGCUCAGAUUCAGGAGCUGUGCAUCGUUUUCAUGAAGGAGUGUCCAAGCGGAGCCCUACACCUGCAUGAGUUCAAGAGGAUCUUCGGGGUGCCGAGCACGUCCGAAGAGGAGUCCCUAUACAUGGAGACGAUAUUCCGGUCCUUCGACACAAAUAAGGAUAACGCGCUUGAUUUCCUCGAGUAUGUCGCUGCUCUCCACCUGAUCUUACGUGGGAACCUCGAGGAUCGACUCAAAUGGUCGUUUAAAAUGUACGACAAGGAUGGAAAUGGAAAGCUGGACAGGCACGAGGUGAAGAGGAUCAUCAGGAUUAUUUAUAAAAUCAAGCUGCAGAGGAAUGACAUGAACAUGUCUCCAUCUGAAAUCUGUGACAGAAUAUUUGAGCUGGUCGACCAGAAUAAAGACGGUCAGAUCACUCUGUCAGAAUUCAUGGAAGGAGCUCAGAAGGACGAAUGGGUCAUGAGGAUGCUGAAGCUGGAUGUAAACGCGACGGGCUGGGUCAUCCAGAACUGUGGGAAGUUUCCGUGA